CUUAAUUUGAUUAAUUAAAAUAUUGCAUCAUUGUUACCGUUGUGUAGUUAAAUAUGUCCACUAAUAUUAUUCCCGAUAAUCUACAAGACCUUCGAGCCUGUUUGGUUUGUUCGUUAAUAAAAACCAUCCACCAAUUCAAGAAAGAUGGAUGCAACAAUUGCGAAACCUUUUUGAAGCUGAAGAAUAAUACGGACAACAUCUAUGAUUGUACAAGUUCGAAUUUUAAGGGCACGGUCUGUAUGAUGAAUUCUAAAGAUAGUUGGGUUUGUAAGUGGCAAAGAAUACAAGAGUUCUCUCCUGGUAUGUACGCCAUUUCAGUGUGUGGACGCCUUCCAAAAGCUGUUAUAAGAGAUAUGAGAAACCGUGGUGUUUCUUAUAAAAACAGGGAUACCAGUAGUUAGAUUAAAAUAUUAAUUGAGUUAUAAAUAGGUUAUAUUAGUUAAAUAGUUUUUGUUAAAUAGUCUAAUAAAUAGUUAAAUAUAUUUUUCAAAUGGCAAAAUUGUAAUUAAAUUAA